CUAAAUACUCAGUUCAACAAAACACGGUUCCUGUUUUAUACUCGAACCUCGCCGUUCACGAACACCAUCGUAUCUCAUCGCCUUUUGAAUGAACGUGAUUAAAGUGUUCGACGGAAGAACCCGCGAUGAUUUAUGAUGACUAGUGUGCUGGUGUGGAGGAUGAAGAGCUGCGUGAUGCUGAAGUGAUCCGCUGGUGUGUGUGUGUGUGUGUGUGUGUGUGUGUGUCGGUGGUCCGGAGGGCGGAGCUGCGGGUCUCUGCGCCCCCGGUAACGAUACCGACGGACGCACCGAUCACUGCUGGGCGGAAGAGCGUCAUUUCAGCAGAAAAUCAGACCGAGAGGAAGCCGCGCGGACGGACUCGUCGCUCCCGUUAACGGAGAUCAAGCGCGGAUCGAGGCGUCGACGCACAUCGAGAGCGAUUUUCUCUUUCUUCCGCAGCAGGAUGGAUUUACACGCGGACGCCCGACGCGAGCGCGAUCCGCACGCAUCACCGGCGGAGCGUCACUGAAGCAUCCCCCGCGCUCCACGACGCAUCCGACCGCUCCGAUGCGAACAAAAGCCUCCCUUUCACCUCCACCCUGAACGACCGCAGAGCCUCCAUCCGCAAUGAACAUCUAGAGGAGCGUCAGGCGAUGGGAUGAAAAUGAGACGUCACAGGGUUUUCUUGAUUUGCACGGUGGGACUGUGUGUCAUCUCCUUCCUGCAUUACUACAAGGCUCUCCACUAUGUGUCCCUGCUGAGGGAGUUGUCUGCACCUUACCCUAACAUCAAAUCCUUCAUCAUGGUCACUGGUUUCUUCUGGAAGGAGGGCACCAACCCACUGUCCCGCGUGUCUCCGGAGGAAGGGCCUCGGCUGGUCCACAGCAAGUCCCGGGCCGGAGAAAAACCUGAAGCACCACAUCCGUGGAAGAGACCUGAAGAUCCACAGCGCAGGAGCUCAGGGACUACAGAGGUCCAUAAGGGAGGUUUGAUCGCCUCGACCAACCAAAAGCCUGACCCACAGAGAGACGCUGCGGUGAACAAGCCUCAACCACGUCACGCCUCUACUCCAGACGCGCUGGAAUCCCUGGGCGACCUGCACCGCCGCACCCACGUCCUCAAGGAUGACCGCUCUCCUUACUUCAUCCGCACCAAAGCAGGCGCUCUGUGCUUCCGUCAGGGGACAGAGGUGGCACAGCCUAAAGAUGAGAUGUUGAAAGUGAGACCCAGCGUAGCUGGCCUCGGCAAGCGGACAAUACUGCAGAAGCCGGACGAGUCGAAGACGCCAGUGAAAUCAGUGGAGGAGUCUGGAGCCUCUCGAGGGAAACCCAAGCGCGGCAAGCGACUUGUGAAGUGCAUUUGUCGGCCGGGCUGGCACGGUCCUUACUGCGGAGUGCCCACUAUGGUGUACCACUCCAAUCUGCCCACGAAAGAGAGACUGACCCCCCGCGAGACGCCUCGACACGUCAUAAACGCCAUCAACGUGAACCACGAGUUUGACUUGUUGCACGUGCGCUUCCGCGAGCUCAUCCGGGCCGUGGAUCUCUUCCUCGUGUGCGAGUCCAAUUUCACGGCGUACGGAGAGAGGCGUCCGCUGAGAUUCCUGCAUCUGCUGCUCAACGGAACGUACGAUUACGUGCGCCACAAGAUCCUCUACGUCUUCCUGGACCAUUUCCCAGAGGGCGGCCGACAGGAUGGCUGGAUCGCCGAUGACUACCUGCGCACGUUCCUGACUCGUGAUGGCAUGUCGAGGAUCGCAGGCUCGAGAUCCGACGAUGUUUUUCUCAUCAACGAUGCAGACGAAAUCCCGGCUCAGGAGGGAGUCAUUUUCCUUAAGCUUUUUGAUGGCUGGACGGAGCCUUUCGCCAUCCACAUGCGGAAGUCCCUGUACGGAUUCUUCUGGAAGCAGCUGGGCUCCCUCGAGGUGGUGUCCGGAUGCACCGUCGGGAUGCUGAGGGCCGUCUACGACAACGAUGGGAUUCGGCUCCGGCGGCGGGAGUACUACACCAUGCCGGGAUUCCGGAAGUACGAGAACGACACCGGACACAUCUUGGUGCAGUGGUCGAUUGGAAGUCCGUUCCAUUUCGCAGGCUGGCACUGCUCCUGGUGUUUCACGCCAGAGGGAAUUCACUUUAAACUUAUUUCGGCCCAGAACGGGGACUUUCCUCGCUGGGGCGACUACGAGGACAAGCGCGAUCUCAACUACAUAAAGGAUCUGAUCCGAACCGGGGGCUGGUUCGACGGCUCCGUGCAAGAGUACCCUCCAUCAGACCCUAAGGAGCACAUGUACGCCCCCAAAUAUAUGUUGGAUAAAUACGAUCACUACCGCUACUUGUUGGAGAACCCUUACGCCAGGCAGUCCAACCUAGGAGGUGCGUAGAGCAGAAUGAGGGCCAAAGAUGGUUUGACAGUAAGCAAGGGGAACAGAGAGGGAGAGAAGAGGACGCUGUCCUGUUCCUCUCUUUCCUCAUUCUCUCAUUGGUCCCAACAUCCAACACCGUCCAAUAUGUGAACGCAGGCCAUGCAGACACCAACAGCAAACCUUUCUGUUUGGGUCUAAGUUUACAUGAAUGAUUUCCAGCUUUCUUUUUAGAGACUCUGUGUUCACUGUACAAGACUGUGUGUGUGUGUGUGAGAGAGAGAGAGAGAGUGAAUGUGUGUGUGUGCGAUCAGACUGAAUUUAAUUGGUGCACAGACUUUCUUGCCUGCACUUCAGAAUCAAAAUAAGGAAACUCAUUGCGCAAUGCCACAUUUUUGGGUUCGUUGACCGCUUGUAAAUUCCUCCAAACUCAAACGUCUUUUUCCUUGGUCAAAAAAAUAUCUUUGUAUCAUUGUGAGCUGUUCUGAAAGAGUUUGUGGACGAGAGAGAGAAAGAGGCCAUUCGAGAGAAACAAGGCUUUGUUUGAGCUCUGCUGGGUUCUGAUUGAGCUGAUAUGUGAGAGAGAUCCGCUCGGACAACACAAAUGAGCUUCCUGUUUGAGAAAUCCUUGCGGAAAACAUCCUAAAGCUGGGAAAAGAGCUGUUUUCAAGUCAGAUAUUUAAUCUGUGAACACCACCCAUGUUGUGCACAAGAAUGGGGAGACGCCUGAUAAAAAUAGGUCAGAGGCUCUGUUCCAAACUAGUGAGAUGCCUAUGUAGGCAACACUUUAAGGCAUCACAGCUGCACCAAGGUUGUUUCAAAUCAUCUGCUGCCUUCUAAGAUUCUUUUGGCCAAAUUUAAAAUUCUAAUUCAUUUUUUUUUUUUAGAGAAAGCAUGAUCUGAGAAUGCAUUGCAACAAUCUAAAAAUAAAAAACAUCCAUGAUGGCGGACAAAGACUUGGUUGUAAAUGCAAUGCAUUCAAUACAGAAAAGCAUAUAAACAGUUUAGUCCAAUGUGUAGUUUUUAUUGUUAGUUUAGCAACAUGCAUCACACUUAACUGGAAUCAGCAAAGAAGCAGCUCACAGUGUUUUGGAACAGAGCCAUGCAGUGUUUUGUGGUCUUGGCUCUCUCGUGUUUUAAUUUUAAGUCAGAGGAGGAAACAGUUUCUUAUGAAAUCCAGUUCUGGAAAUACCCUGUUCUCAGAGCCCUGAACCCAUAUCA